AUGUCGCGGGCCCAGCUGUCGCAGCUUCUGCCUCUGCCCGAGGACGAUCUGCAGCAGGUGCUCGACUACGGCAAGACGCUCUCCAAAGCCGACGCCGCCUCGCACUUUAGCAACCUGCUCGGCGACUCGCCCCUCGCCAUCGACUUUAUCGCGUCGUUUAACGCCCGUCGCGAAACCCCUGCCGCCGCUUCUUCAAGCGCCGCCGCGUCCGCCUCCUCUUCCGGCAUCGACGGCGUGCCCCGGCCGAAGCGCGGCGGCCCCAAGAAGAAGAAGGCGCCGCUGCACACACCCCCGGCCCGCCUCCUCGAUUCAUACACCGGCCCGUCCGUCACAGCGUACAACAAGCAGCACGGGGAUCUCGACUACAUCUCACAGCGCGCCAGCGCGCCGCCAAGCAACCACGCGUCACAACCCGCGACACCGCCCUCCGCCGCGCCGAGCAGCGGUCAGCCUCCAAAACAGCAAGCCGCCCCCAAGCAGCACGCCUCGUCCACCGGCUUCCUCAUCGCCGAGUCCCUCGGCAAGCCCAAGGCCAAGUCCAGCCCCAGCACACGCAGCUCCACGCCCAAGCCCGGCAGCAGCAACGCGACCAAGAUUUCCAUUUCCGGUGGCACGCCCAUGGCCGGGGCCGCGACGGCCGUCGCUGACCUCGACGCCGCCAUCCGCGCCCUCGAGGUCUCGACCAACCCGUCCCUCGACGACCCCCAGACGCGGCGCUGCCGCUGCGUCGCCACGCGGCACCCGCUGCAGACGGCCGCGCCCAACUGCCUCGCCUGCGGCAAGGUGAUUUGCGUCAAGGAAGGCCUCGGGCCGUGCACCUUUUGCGGCGCCGCCCUCAUCGCGCCCAGCGAGGUGCAGGCGCUCGUGCGCGCGCUCAAGGACGAGCGCGGCCAGGAGCGCAUGGCCGCGCACGCCAACGCCCACCGGCGCGCCGCGAUUUCGCAGACGCCGGCGCCCUUUUCGCAGCCACGAGGCCACUUUGGCACCGCCGUCGUCGAGGCCGGCCCGUCGCUCGCCGAGGCCGCCGCCGCCGAGGCCCGCGCGCACCGCGACAAGCUGCUCACGUUCCAGGCGCAAAAUGCGCAGCGCACCACGGUCCGCGACGAGGCGUCCGACUUUGACGUCACCGCCGCCGUCGCCGGUACCGGCGGCAGCAUGUGGGCAACGCCCGCAGACCGCGCGCGCGAGCUCAAGCGCCAGCAAAAAGUGCUUCGCAAGAUGGAGUGGAACGCCCGGCCCGAGUACGAGAAGCGCCAGCAGGUCCUGAGCAUCGACCUGGUCAACGGCCGCGUUGUCCGCAAGAUGGCGGCCGUCGAGCGGCCGCCGACGCCCGAGGACGAGGAUGAGACGAUUCUCUCGCAGAGCGCCGCGGCCGGAUCACACAGGAGCGCGGCGGGCGGUGCCUUUAGCAGCAACCCGCUGCUCGGAUCGCUCAUGAAGCCCGUCUUCACGCCCGCCAAGGGCAAGGAGACGGCCACGGGUGGUGCUGGCCGAGGGGAUGGGGACGGCGCGGGAGACAAGGAGGCGGCGCGAACGCGGCGCGCACAGCGCAAGGGCUGGCGCCGGGUGCAGGACGACCAGGACGACAACGAGGGCGUGAUUCUAGACGGCGGCAUCCACGGCCAUGCGAUGGGCGCGGCCGGCGACGAGCCAGACUGUGGGUAA